AUGAUCACCAAGGCAGUUUUCCUUCUUGCAUUAUUUGGAGUUGCAUCUUCCAAACUCCCACACAGAAGGAGAUGUGAUCCAGAGGAAAUACAAGAGACACCAACUCUUUGCUCAAAUUACAAAAACAUUUUACACCUUGAUGAUGUCCAGACAAAACUCGAAGAGAAACAAAUGAUGCUGCAACAAAGAAUGGAUGCCAUGGAAGGUAGGACAAGACUUCAGCUCGAGGCUGCGAACAGUAACAUCAGUGCACUCGAAAGAUUAGUGACAAACCUUUCAAGUGCAGUAAAUGAACUUGAAAAGAUUAAGUCACAAACUGAGAGGGAAUUCAGAGAGGCAAAGACACAGCUGGAGAAACACCAAGUUGGCAUAGUCAGUCUGAAGAGAGAAGUUCAACAACUGGUCAACCAUGGGGAAAGAACGAAGGGAAACUUAAGUGACAUUGAAGAGCAACUCCAUACAACUGAAAGGCAGUUAAGGGAGAAGAAAGCCAAGCUUGAAAAUCUGGAGACAGAAACUGAGGCUAGGUUUAGUGACACACAGAGACUUCUGAAUCUGUAUAAGAAUGAACUUUCCCACCUUAACUCAACGGCCCUGGAGCUUGAAGUCAAAGUCAAAGCCCGUCUGGAGGCCACAGAGAUGGAACUGCAAGCUAAAGUGGAGAAAUUUCAAAACAACAGUACAGCUUUCAGCGCAAAACUGAACGACCAAAAGGCUGAAGUUGAUGAAUUUAAGGAAGAAACUGAAAUUAUAUUGAGGAAUGUUGAUUUACAGCUGAAAACACAAAAAACUACAGUGGACCGGCAGAAGGCUGAAAUUGACACUCUCAAGAACGACACGGCAGGAUUAAAAUACAGACUGGGGUCAACUGAAGAAAAAGUUGUUGAACUAGGUAAACUCAAACUUGAGGUGAACAGCAUUAAAGCAGAAGUCAAUGCCAAGGUGGCAUUUUCUGCCACUGUAAUCGAAUCUCAUGAUGCGUUCACUGGACCCUACACUGCUGGCACUAGCAGAAUUCUGAUCUUUAACAGAGUCUUCACCAACAUUGGCAACGCUUACAAUGGUACAACAGGCAUCUUCACUGCUUCCCUGAAGGGGGUUUACCACUUUUCAUUCAUGACUUUUGGCUACAACAGCCACACUUCAGGAGCCAUCCUGGUGAAAAACGGGCAAUACCAAGUGAGUACGUGGGAGUUCACAGGACCAGAUACCAGCGACACCACCAGCAACACAGUAAUCCUUGAACUGAAUGUCAGAGACACCGUCAAUGUCAUCCUGUGGGACGGUGGAAAAAUACAUACUAGUGUCUUCACUGGAUUCCUCAUCUUCCCAACAUCUUAGAUGUUUAGGAUAAAGAAUGUAAAUUUCUGUGGGUUAUUUCGGCAAGUAAA